GACAGAAAACUGGGCCUAAUUGGAGUCUUCCUGGGACCCAAGUUCCCUCUCUAAUAGGUGGGGGCGCUCUCAGAUCCAAGGGGGAAGGUUUCGGAGAUGGUGCUGGACCCGGACCUGUGCCCCCCAGCAGUCUGCCGUCGCUCCGCCUCUGCCAGUUCAAUGUUUUCAUUGGUGAACGUGAUCCGGGACCUUCCAGGGCCUGCCAAUCCAGAUGUAGGAGAAAUAUGGUCAGGCGCGUGCCGCGAGAACAGAGUGGACGGAGAGUAGCAGAGACCGAAAAGGCUGGGGGUGGGAAUAGCGGAUUUGAAGCACUUUUUGGCCUACCGAGGCGUGGCAGACAGAGCACCUCAGAACUCAGGCGUACUGCCCGCUGCCCCGAGCCCUGCGAGGGCCGAUAGCGAGGGUGUGGCCCUUAUCUGCACCCAGCGGAGCGCCGGCGGGGUACGGUCUUAGGACCUCGACCUCCUUCUGCCUCAUUUUUUCUCCUCUCUUGUGGGUUUCCCCAUGGGCCGGACCGUGGUCGUGUUGGGCGGAGGCGUCAGCGGCUUGUCCGCCAGUUACCACCUGAGCCGGGCCCCGUGUCCCCCUAAGGUGGUCCUGGUGGAGGGCAGUGAGCGUCUGGGAGGCUGGAUUCGCUCUGUUCGAGGCCCGAAUGGUGCUAUCUUUGAGCUUGGACCUCGGGGAAUUAGGCCAGCGGGAGCCCUAGGGGCCCGGACCUUGCUCCUGUUUCUCCUCUUCUGAGGGCCUGUGGAGAGCAGGUUUCUGAGCUUGGCUUGGAUUCAGAAGUGCUGCCUGUCCGGGGAGACCACCCAGCUGCCCAGAACAGGUUCCUCUACGUGGGCGGUGCCCUGCAUGCCCUGCCCACUGGCCUCAGGGGGCUACUCCGGCCUUCACCCCCCUUCUCCAAACCUCUGUUUUGGGCUGGGCUGAGGGAACUGACCAAGCCCCGGGGCAAAGAGCCUGAUGAGACCGUGCACAGUUUUGCCCAGCGGCGCCUUGGACCUGAGUCCCAGUCUCACCCUUAAGGUGGCGUCUCUAGCCAUGGACAGUCUCUGCCGUGGAGUGUUUGCAGGCAACAGCCGUGAGCUCAGCAUCAGGUCCUGUUUUCCCAGUCUCUUCCAAGCUGAGCAAACCCAUCGUUCCGUAUUACUGGGCCUGCUGCUGGGGGCAGGGCGGACCCCACAGCCAGACUCAGCACUCAUUCGCCAGGCCUUGGCUGAGCGCUGGAGCCAGUGGUCACUUCGUGGAGGUCUAGAGAUGCUGCCUCAGGCCCUUGAAACCCACCUAACUAGUAGGGGGGUCAGUGUUCUCAGAGGUCAGCCAGUCUGUGGUCUCAGCCUCCAGGCAGAAGGGCGCUGGAAGGUAUCUCUAAGGGACAGCAGUCUGGAGGCUGACCACGUUAUUAGUGCCAUUCCAGCUUCAGUGCUUAGCGAGCUGCUCCCUGCUGAGGCUGCACCUCUGGCCCGUGCCCUGAGUGCCAUCACUGCGGUGUCUGUAGCUGUGGUGAAUCUGCAGUACCAAGGAGCCCAUCUGCCUGUCCAGGGAUUUGGACACUUGGUGCCAUCUUCAGAAGAUCCAGGCGUCCUGGGAAUCGUGUAUGACUCAGUUGCUUUCCCUGAGCAGGAUGGGAGCCCCCCUGGCCUCAGAGUGACUGUGAUGCUGGGAGGUUCCUGGUUACAGACACUGGAGGCGAGUGGCUGUGUCUUAUCUCAGGAGCUGUUUCAACAGCGGGCCCAGGAAGCAGCUGCCACACAAUUAGGACUGAAGGAGCUGCCGAGUCACUGCUUGGUCCAUCUACACAAGAACUGCAUCCCCCAGUAUACACUAGGUCACUGGCAAAAACUAGAGUCAGCUAGGCAAUUCCUGGCUGCUCACAGGUUGCCCUUGACUCUGGCUGGAGCCUCCUAUGAGGGGGUUGCUGUUAAUGACUGUAUAGAGAGUGGGCGCCAGGCAGCAGUCAGUGUCCUGGGCACAGAACCUAACAGCUGAUCCCCACCUGCCACUCAUGAAAAUAAAAAUUGCUGGAGCUUGG